AAUACCCGACGACAGGCACGAGUCUAGAGAUCGCAAUUGCGUCAGCAAUCUAGAUAGCCGCGACAGCUCUAGUUACCUCAAGAGUCGCAAUAUUUCAUAUCACGACGACGAAUCGCCCUCGUAUUCUUCAAGGAAUCGGUCCUCUAGAGAGUCAUCCGUCAGCAGUAGGGCUUCCUAUGUCGGCAAUGCAACUAGCAGUAGCAGUGGUACUCGUAAUGUCUCCAGCAGUACAGGAAUAAACAACCAUCCUGAUACUGAAGGUCAUGAGCCUGCAGUGAACGCCUCUUCCAGUCAUCAUGGAACGUCUUCUGCUUCAUAUCAAAACAUGCCCGGUGCAUCUUCAUCUCAGGACAACCUUUCAUCUUCGUCAUCCCACUCAAAUGACCGAGAUGAUCUAAAGACAUCGUCGUCGUCGUCGUGCUCGAUACUUGUUCGCAACUUUCCAACUCGGUCCACUCAGAGCAAUCUUCAAGAUGGACUAUUUCACGAGUAUAAAAAGUACGGUAGCAUUGUCAGUGUCAAGUUUUACGACGAAGGCGUAAACAGACAUGCUAUCGUUGUUUUCAGAAAGCCAGAACAAGCUGAAAAGGCGUUGAUUGAAUCAAAGAACAAGCAGUUUUUCGGUAAUCAAAUUGAUGCAGUCUUGUACAUUGAUCCUACUGCCGAACCAAAUGAAGAGAAUGAGCCAACGACGACACUGACAUCUCACAAGUUUGCAGUGGAUCCUUCUGAAAUUGAUGAAUAUCACCCUCGUGCUACAAGGACGCUGUUUGUUGGCAAUCUCGACAAAGACAUCUCCAAAUCGGAUUUGACAAACAAGUUCAACCAAUUUGGCGAAAUCUUGGAAAUUGACAUCAAGAGUACGCAGCAUACGCCAUAUGCUUUCAUCCAGUUCACCGACAUUUCCAGCGUUGUCAAAGCAAUGAGAAAAUAUGACGGCGAACUAAUGGGCAGCACCAGGCUAAAGUGCGGUUUUGGGAAAAGCUUUCCCAGUAGCUGCGUCUGGCUAUGUGAUAACAAAGAUGACAGCAAAGAUCGAGCUUUCACUGACCGUGAUAAGGUUCACACUCAACUAAAUAGGUACGGGAACAUCAAGAAUUCAAUAUCAUCUGCCGAUAGAAAGUCGUGGCUCAUCUUUUUCGACACAUGUGACGAAGCUCGCAAAGCAAUUGAGGAAUUGCAUAAUAAGCCCAUCAAUGGUCGAAAAGUAAUGGUCGAUUUUGCCAGUCGCGAUUUUCAAAACUUUUUCAUCGGCAAACACUCUGUCAAAUCUGAAGAUGCGACUCACCGAGCGUCACGUUCCAGCACCUCCAGCUGGACGGGCAACAACAGCACCGGCAGUCUCGACUACGAGGAUAGAGGAUCGUACGAGUCGAGUCGCAGUCGGAGCCUCUACCACCAUCACCAGUCAUCGUCGAGGUCAUCUUCCAGCUCGAUACCUUCUCAGUUGUUGCGGUCAAACAGCGGCACCAGCUCGUCGUAUUCUGCCAGCAGGCAACGCUCCCAGUCACCCUCCUCGUCGCCUGCCACCUUGAGUACCUUUAGCCGAUUCUCCAGCAGUUCGGGGAACGGAAAGAGCUCCAAAUACGAUUACCAUCACGAGUCGAGCAGCAGAACGUCUUCACGACCGUACCGCUACGAGAACGAAGAUAUUGAUGAUGUCGGCGAAGACUCGCACCUGAGCUCCUCUUCAAAGCGCGAGUCUUCAUCUUCAUCUCGGUACCGCUCUCACCACAUCUCUGAAAACUACAUUUCAGAGAACAGUCCUAAAGUGAGGAGAGACUCGAGUCCCUACGGCCCGUAUGGCAACUCGUCCAGCAAGUCGGAUGCAGACGGCUUUGCCAGCAGCAGUCGAUCAGCUAGGUCAUCAAAUCUGGAGGACAUCAAGGGCCACGAGGAUGGAUCGCACGGGUCGCUGAGGCGGCUAAACUCGCACAAGACCUACCACAAGUCAGGUCGAGACUCGCCUCCUUUGCCACCCACGCAUUCAUCGUUUCGAAAGUCGGGCCUGGCGAGCAGCGGCAGCAGUACUAGCAGUAACAGUCGAAGUCCAGUGCGUGAUUCAAAGGCCACCAGCUACUACUUGGACCGUACUUCCAUUAGUCCAGUCACUAGUCCUCGCGCCAGUGGUCAUUCUUUCCAUGAUGGCGACACUCAGCAUGAGUUGUCAUUGCACAGUGUGAGCAAACUGGACAACUCUAUUGGUAGCUGGCGGCGAAAGUCGACAGAGGACAGGGACAGUGCGCACUACCGCGACUACCCCUCUGGUGAAGUUCCGCCCCGGAGUCGCAUUCAGGAGCCGAUAUCCGAGUCCAACGAUGGCCUUUUUGCUGGAACGAGCUCAACGCGUGAGCACAGUCGUGAAUACUACCGAAGCAGAGAGUCAGCUUUGCACCGAACCAACUCAUCUCCGUCUGCCAGUUUGACAUAUCAAAAUCGAAGUGAGACUCUUAAGCGGAAACACAGCACUCUGGAGAGUGAUGAUGAUUCGGUUCUUGGAACUGUCCAAGAGCGAAAGAAACGGUUAAUGGCCUGCAUCGAGCCUACUUUGGCUCCUGCGGGCAGCAGCACUAUCAUCAUCAACAACAACAACAUCUCCGCUUCUUCGAGCGUGUCUGCGAGUCAAACAGCACCCGUUCCACCAACCACUCCACUCAAAUCUACAACCCUGGUAGAGCCACCUCGGCUUUGCCCAUCAAAGAGCUUGGAUGCUGUGGAGGUGAAUGGGCUGCGGCUCAAACAGCGAGACGCGAUUCCUCCGGUGAGCGUCGACACGCUAAAACGACGUUCCAGCAGCAGCAGCUCCUCCAGCAGUUUGAUUCCCAAUUCACUGGUUGCUUCCACCGGCAACAAUGGGGUAAUUGAUCUCAAAACCAAGGAACUAAAAGAGCUGCUGGACAAUAUUUCCAGUGAAACAGACGAACUCCCUUUUCAGGCAAUAUUUAAAAAUUUGCUUCAAGAGCCAAAGAGCUCGUCUGUUGUGGCUCCUGCUGCUGCUGCCCCGGUCACCCGGAAGCCAUCCAUCUCAUCGGGGAGCUGUGCCCCAACUCCAACUAAUGGCAGUGCUUAUAAACCAAAGCCUCUUGCAAAGUUGGACACGGGCAUAAUGAAAGUGGUCGAUCUGACAUGUUCUCUCGUCAAUCCCGAUCCAGACCCGAGAAGGGAAACUGGUCACAGUACUCGCAAGUACAGCACUUCCCGAACGAGUUGUGAUAAUGAUCUCAGCAAAUCUAAAGCAUUGGAUGACCUGUCAUCACCACCUUCAUCGGACGCCCCUACCCAUAUGAUGCUCUACAAAGUGCCGCUAUUUCUUAAAGAGUUUUGGAGCAAUCCUCCGAAAAAUGACAAUAGCUCACUUUCCAACUCUUCAAGUGUUGUUCCUCCUAGCUCAAACACUUUGCUGACAACAGCCACCUCUACAACUACCACCACCCCCAUCAGCUCUGCCACGCCAAGCAUCGUCAUGCCGGGCAAUCACAUUAGCAUUCCACCGUUCACUCCGACAAGCACAUCACCCAAAAGCUGCAACACCAUCAUGAGCCCACUGGGCAGUCAUUCACCCGUGCCAAAAAGUCGCCUUUCCAGGGAUCGACUUUCCACCGACACCAACAGCAUUGACUCAAAGAGACCCAAUGACCUGGAUGAUGUGUCUGAUCCGGAUGAUGUGUCUCCACUGCGCACAAGUAGCCUAGAUGAUCAAAUCAAAGCGCUUGACGAGAAAAUUGCUUCCUCUGCCGUUAUGACGUCCUUCUCAAGCAUGAGAAUGGAAAAGACACCGACUAUUGAUUACAGCAAGUACAAUAUUAAGAAAAAGAGUCAAAGCAGUACCAACAACAGCUCAACGGUGCAGCUGAACAACUCAACUGAGAGCGAGUCUUCGGAAAUCUUUAAGAACUUGCUUUCAAAGUCGUCCGCCUUUGACCAGGACGCCAAACGGCUGGAGCACAUCAACGAGUCCAGAAAAGACAAUGACUUGGAGAGUGUCAUGUUAUCGCCCAAAACUAAAACAGCCCCCAACUUGUUUAGAUCAGCAAAACCGAUCAGCUCGUCGGGCAGUAAACACGAAUCUUCAGCUUCACUUAUCAACCAGAUAUCGUCUUCUAAAAGCAGUGCUACUGAAAAGGCCACCAACGAGGUGUCUAUGCUAAAAACACCCACCUCUAGCACUGCCUCUGGAACAUUGACUCAUCACAGUGGAGCAGCGUCGGCACACCAUUUCAAUCACCAGCCUCACCAUCAUCACCACACUUUGUACACCUCCACGACAACUACUAGUACAACUACGACGACUACUUCCUCCUCCUCUUCCUCCUCCUCCUCCUCGUCUUCCAAUGCCCACCCCUCUUUGAGCAGCUCAGUGAAUCGUAAAAUGUCCGAUUCAAGUCGAGUAAAUUCUUUGAAAAAGGAAUCGUCUCUUUCUGGCUCUACCUCAACUGCAACUCCAGGCACUCCCAACUCUGCACCGGUCCGUUCUGCUUCCAAUUCGAUGUUUCCGCAGUUUCAUCGAUCCUCUUCGAUUCCAACAACUACAAAUGCCUCAAAUUCAACGACCACUACCACUACUACUUCUUCCCUCUCUCGCAAUGCAUUUCCAUCCAACAAAAAGGAAAGCUCGCAUUCGACAUCAAACAGCACCGCCACUGCAUCAGGCAAAUCAUCUGAUGGCAAAAGCAAAACUGAUUUGGGAAGCUCUAGUAAAAGUGUCAUGACCAGCAAAGAAGUGAGCAAAAAGGACAGCAAUCAACCGGUGGCAGCAUCAUCAGCCAAGCACGAAGCGACUGCCGCAAGUUCCCGAAAAGACUCCAUUACUAAGCACAGUGCUCAAAAGCCUGAUUUCUUUAAAACCCACAAGUCUGAAAGCAGCUCUAAGCCAGAGAUUCCAGCCUCCAGAAAAGAGCAUAAACAUUCAGGAGAGUCGGAUCAUACAUCAAACCACGUAGACAGCGAUCACCACCGAGAAAAGUCUAGUGGGGCGGAACACUCGAAGCAUUCUAACAAAGAUCGCGAUCACAAAGAUGACCACAAGGAUCACAAAUCAAAAUCCUCUGACGCAUCUUCUUCUCACAAAUCAGAAAAGCACAAGGAGAAAUCAAAUGACGGCCAUUCCUCGCUGAGCAAUCACAGCUCCAAAGACAAGGAAAAGAUUGAGCGAAAGAUGGAAAAGAAUUUGCUCAAAGAAAAGGAAAAGAAGAAGCGGGAAAAGGAAAAGCAGCGCGAAAAAGAUCUCAAAGAGUCUGGUGGAUCCAAGGACAAAAAUAAGGAGCUGUUGCGACAAAAGGCCCCGGAAAGAUCUGAUAAAAAGUCUAACGAGAAAGACAAGGAAAAGAGCCGAGACAAAGACCGAAGCUCUGAAAAGGACAAAAAGAAAAAAUACAAAAAGCAAAAGGACUUCUCGAUGGACGACGAUCUUCGCGCAAUUUUAAUGAGUAUUGCCGAUUCUGAAGAGCCAUAUUACUUUUCCAUGUACGACAAGGUGAAACAACGCUCACAAAGAGACCAAAAGGCUAGUACGACGACUAGCAGUGAAGGCAAAAGCUCGAAAACGAAUCAAUCUAAAGGAAAGGGCAAGAAGAUCGACACCAGCUAUUCUUCUAGCUCAGAUGAUUCGAGUAGCUCUGAUUCUGACUCUGAUUCGGACAGUGGUCGACGACAGAAGAAAAAGUCUGUGAAACAUGGCCAAAGGUCAAAGAGUUCCACUUUUCGGAUGUCUGAUGAUGACGACGACGACGAUGAUGAUGACGAGGACGAGAACGAGGAUAAUGACAACGACGGCGCUGACGAGGACGAUGACAAUGAUGAUGAUUUGCCGCCGAGAAAGAAGCUCAAAAAGGGCAUUGUUGAGGACACUGAUUCUGAGGUGGAAAGCACAAAACCGCCCGCCAAGGAGGAAGAUGAGCCCAAACGUGCCAACAAAUAUGCCAAAAAGCUUCUGGAACUCUCUGAUUCGUCUGAAAAUGAGCUGAAACGGGCGGCUGCUGCCUCUUCUUUAAAGAAAAAGAACAACAACAAAAUCAUUAAGAAGGAUAAAGAGCGUCCCAGUGAUAUUGGUUCUCCUGUCAAAGAGAAGCAGGUCGACAAACCUGAUAUGCACGAAAAGUUGACUAAAGAGCAGGAAAAGGAAAGGGAACUUCAAAAGAUCAAAAAGAUGAAAGCCGAACGAAAGGAAAAGGAACGCGAAGCCGAAGUCAAACGUGAUAUCAGAGCUGAUAAAGAAAAGGAAAAGGAGAGGGAAAAGCGGCCUAGAAGCGAUGACGAAGCUCACAGUAAAAUGCUGCAAAUGGCCAAGAGAAAGAAGAAAAAGAUCAAGGAGAAACAGUUGUCAAAGGAGAAACGACUGUUUGGAUACAACAAGGACGAUGGCAAAUCUCGAACAUCUGAACAGAGUCGCCACAAGCAAACGAGUCUGCUUUCAUCUGAAGACGGAUCGUCUGAUUCCUCUGAAUCCGAGGAUAUUCCGAUUAAAAAGGCGGUUUCUGGUCACAAGGCCACUCUCCCAGGCUUGGACGGCGAUAUGCGAUCUCACACAAUUCUCAAGCCGCACUCCUCAAAUGAAAAAUCGGCGCAUCGUCACAAUGACAAGGACUUGCUAGUCUCUAAAGAGCAAUGUGCCAAGGAGAAGGACAACAAGGCGAACAAUCAAAUGGAGAGGCACUUUGCUACUAAAGAGAAAGCUGAAAAGGUCAUUGAAAAGGAGAAAAGAGCUGGUGACCGAUCGCCUACAAAGAAUAAUGCUUACUUGUCUUCAAAGAUUCAGAAGCAGCACAGCCACUCUAAAAAGGAGGAAGAGAGCAAGGAUUUGAAUAGAAAAAGGAAAAAGUCGUCCAAAAAUAAGGAUCGCGAAAAGUCUCGUAAAGACUCGGAGAGCAGCGACUCGAAAAAGAGCAGCGACAAAAAGGACAAAGAUUAUCGUUCUAGUUUGCUCGACUCUUCAUCGAAUGAUGGCGAAGCGAUACUUAUUUCCCCGACUCGCACCUCUCAACCUCCUCCAAAGACUGACUUUAAGUCACUUCUUCUUCCGAGCAGUACUUCGGUCAACACAACUGCAAUUCAGCUAAAGGUCACUACACCGCCUAAAACUCCGGAAGCAGUGUCGAGCUCACGGUCCUCAUCGUACACCGAAGACCUAGGACUUGUGCAUCGGACCUGUGAUGACGGCUCAUCAUCGGACAGUCACCUCGGACUUGUGCAUCGGACCUGUGAUGACGGCUCAUCAUCGGACAGUCGUCUGGACGAAGAGCUGAUAAACGAUGCCAAGAAGUUGGAGGAGUGGAUGAACAACGACGCAAAGAACAACGAUUCCUAUGAUUCCAACCUCUCAGGCUCUAGUUCGCCACUCAACUCCUCAUCAAAGCCUUUGCGCCAGACCGACCUUUCCCUGUUGCCGCAGUUAGUUCCAACAUUUUCGACUGAAUGCAGUACGCUCGAUUCAAAUAACAUCCCGACCUUCUUCACGCCAGCGUCCCAGCGGUGCUACGAUGAGGAGGCCGCAAUUCAAUCGCUUAAACUUCAAAAGGAGCUUGAAUCAAAGGACGCCCAUGAACACCACCACCAUCAAAUCAAGCCCAAAACGUUUGAAUCAAUGCCGCCAUUUCCUCUAUUUGCCGGCAACCUCGAGGAGCAGCAAUCGGUUGAUGAGCCUGCCACCAGUUUUACCCGAAACGUGCUCAAAGUGCCUUCCGAGGAUGGAGCAACUUCGCUUAUCCCUGCCGAAACUGAAUGCAGCACCAGCAAAGCUAUCUCACCGCAGGUGGAGGUGGAUAAUCAACGAAAAACUGAGGAUGACCUGGCUGUGGCUGCCCUCCUGCAGGACAUGGAAGAGCCUAGUCAUGCUGAGUCUGGAGCUCACGACCGCUCGUCCAUCGACCAGACACACUCGGAGGAGAUCGUGCCUAGCUUCAUGAACAUCUUUUCAUCUCGUAGCAGUAGUGACGGCCACCGAACUGAAUCAUUGCUCACAACACCGAGCUCUCAGGCGAUCGUCGUUUCUAAUUCUGCCAAUGUUUUGCCUUCCAUCAUCGGCGCCCCUGACAUCACAGUGGACGAAAACGAACUUAGUGCAGCGCUGAGAAAAAUUGAGAUGCCUUGCCCGCAAACGGAGCACAAAGAUCAGCCAAUUAAGGAUGCUCCCGAGUUGAUGUUCAAUGAUGAGGACGACGAUGAGCAGUCACUGACGAUUGUUGACGAAAACAUUGAAAAAUCACUGGCUGACGAUUCAGAGCUGCGGCCGCCAUCGCAGACUGAAAUUAAAAAGCCUUUGAUUUCAACCAUCGGAAUGACGCCGACGUUUGGCAACUUGAAGCCGUUUGGUUUUGAGCCGUCCAUCUGUUUGCCCAAGCCAUCGACGGCCUCCAUUGCUGACAUAAUUAAGGACUCCAUCAAAGACUCACUUAAGGAGAAUGCCAAGCUGGUUGAUCCACUGAAAGUUGAUCCUUUCAAAUCUGAAGAAGUGGUGGUUAAGCCGCUUGAGAGAAGUGAAAAACGAACUAUCGAUCUACACAUGAGCAUGCCGAUUCUCACUUCCUUUGUCGACCAUAAGAAUCAAUCGGAGACGAUAUCCAUCAAAGAGAGAACUCGAUCUACCGACUCGGACAAGUCAGAGCCCAUGAAAUCGCCCUUUGCCAACUUUCUCUCUCCUAGAUCAGUGCACAGUGACGUCUCUCUGCCGGAAAAGAAGAGCACUUCUCCUGUCAUCACAAAUGAGCUGUCUUUCACCGACGUGCUCAGUGCUCAGCUCGCUGAAGAUAAGCGAGAUUCUUGUUCGGAAAGUGUCAUCUCUGAUAAAACUGAAAUCGAGGAGGAGAGCGUUUCGGAGCUGUUCAAUGAAAGUGUCAUGAAGGCAUCGACAUCAGAUUUGCCAACAGUAACCAUCGAGGAGACCACGGUUCCACCACCACCACCACCUGCAUCCACCAUCAGUGAAACUAAGAGUACCAGUGUUAAGCUGGUAAGCGAAGAAAGCGAACCUGAAUGUGAAAGCGUUCCACCAAAGUCGAAGCGCGGGCGAAAGCCUAAAAAUCGCAAACUCUCUGACACCUCAUUGCACUCUCCGCGAAGCGAUGGCGACCUUGAGACUCACAGUCAGAUGGCCAGUCUUUCCAUCAACACCUCUAACCUGACCUGUAGCUCGGGUAACCUCUUGCUUUCGCCGACAUCAAACUCCAACACUUCCUCUACCACCACCACCUCGGACAUUUCUCCCGGCUCACAAGGAAAACGCGGUGCGGCUAAACUGCAGCUGCAACAACAACAGCAGCAACUCAGUUACGGCAUCCGCCGAAGUGUCCGCUCUGCUGCCGCCGCUGCUACAGUGGCCAAUUCGAACACCGUUUUAGACUUGGAUGACGCCGACUUAUCACUGGAUGAGCCACCAACAUCACAGGCCACCAAAGAGCAAGAGCAAGUCGAGGAGGACGCAGGCGGCGUUAAAAAGUCGAAGCGAGGUCGCAAGAAGAAGAACUUAGGAAAUGUUGUCGAGCACAUUAAAAUUCUUGAGGACGACAAAUCUAAAAAGGACAAGCAGCUUCAUGUGCUCAACUCGACCAGCUCUGGCGAAGUUCGACCAAAUAAGCCUGCCAGUAACUUUGAUGUCUUUGAGUUUCGUGAAUCGGAUGAAGAUGAGCCAGUUCCUUUGAAUACUCACUUUUUGACAUCUGAGGAUAAGCGUCACUCUGAGCCACCUCCGAUGCAGCAGCAACAUCAGACUACUUUCGAGUCGUGCAUUUCGCCAAACAAAACGGCGGCACUACCGUCUGAAAUUACCAUCUCAGCCGCGUCAGCAGUGCAGCCGGCACUGGAGGCAUCUGCAGGUGCGACCAGCGGUAUCUUAGGCGAUAACACCAGUCCAGUCACUGGCAAGGAGUAUGUCUCGGAGAUGAACCAGCACGGCAAACACGGAGGCAUGAAGAUGAUCAUUCGUCUCAAGGACGGACAGGAAGAUUUUACCGGUGCUAUGGAGCCUACUGCUGGCAAAACUGCAAAGAACUUGCAUAUUGAGGACAGUAAAUCAAACGACGGAAUGUCCAACUCCUCGGGCACAGCGGGAAGCAUUCUCUCCGAUAGCACCAAUUCGAUCAAGGGUGUUCGGAAAUCGGCUCGCCUUAUGUCGCAAGUUCCAAAGACAACCAUCGAGGACACCAUUGAGGAUGUCAUCAAGACAAAGGCCGAUGAGAAGGCAAACGCAUCAAAGCGAAUUACCCGUUCAUAUCGAAAGAGCGAUGACACUGUCAGCGCAUCACAUGCUUCCGGCGAUAUGUCUGAAGAGUCGGAUGAUCCCAAGAACAGCGCUACGCGUCCUUAUCGAGUCACUCGCUCUCGAGGGGUUGCAGCUACUGAUGGGCCUGAGGGUUCAGCUUCGACUUCAUCGCUGGAGGGCACUGUUUCGCAGCAGCCUCGAUCAGUUGGCCACAUUACUCCAGUAACAUCGCCUCUUCCUGCUGCCCGAACGCCUAAAAAGUCGACCGAUUCCAUGGAGCACACUGAGCUUCUAAUACCACCACAGGCUCAAACACCAACUGCUCCUGGCGAAGGAGUCCUGUCUGCAAGUGCCAGCUCAGAGGAAUGUGAAAUCAUUGAGCGCCAGCAGUCCAGCCUGUCUGAAGAAGGUAGCGCUCAGGCGGUGGCACUUCCGAAGAUGGCCUCUUCCAGUCCGACUUCCAGCAGAAUAGGCGCUGAAUAUGUUGAACCGCCGCCAUCCAGUGUCAUUCACUCUACUGGCAAUGUGGAGCAAGUCACUACUACUUCCAUUCAGUCAGCCGCCGUUUCGGCUGUGAACACCACCGUUACAGCGAUCUCAGCUGCAGUGACUAGCUCUUUAUCACCAUCGGUCGUUUCUGUCUCCACAAUGGCUGCAACAGUGGCACCACCUUCAACACCACAGCCAGUGUUUUCCAACUCUGCCAUCACCUCGCCGACAUACAUACUUCAGGAUAUUCCCAACAUUUCUGAGCGCAUUCACCACUCUUCAACUGCUCUCAAACUUAAAACUGGAAAGGGUUAUUUCUUUGAAGCAACCUCGAGUAUGCCCAUCUCUACUUCGAGUGUAUCCACUCCACUGGAGUCACCAGCAAUUUCUUCCAUCACUCCAGUCACACCUUCUCUCAUUUCUCCUCCUGCAUCUUCUGCCAGUCCCAAAGCUGUGGAAAUCAACCCUGUUUCAGUUGCGCCCAUUCUGCCAUCCGUUUCUCCAAUAACCGGAAGUCAAUCGAUUACCAUCAAGGCAAAGACGCAGCCUCCUGUCGGUCCAUCCAUGACUCAGCUAGUGACACCACCCGAAAUGUGGCCUGCUUCGACUAUCAGUAAGGCGCCUGUGUGCACAGUGCCCAGCACCAUUUCCACCAGCGUCCACACGCCAUCACCCUUUUCCGAGUCUUCUAUCGAUUCGGCUGGAAUCGUGCAGCCACCUCUAGCUCAUGUCUCCAAGCUGACAGUUACUCCUCCUGCUUUAGCUAAUGAUGCCGCCGCACUGGGCGGUGUGGUGACGACUCACCAGCCAACAGUGGCGCUUUCGACGGCACCGAUCAAUGCCCUGUCAACCCCCAUCGGCAAAUCAACGGCGACCAGCAAACCUCCACCUUCAAACCUGGGUCAGCCUCAGGCUCCUUUGCUGCCACCGGAAAUCGCUGCACACUUUGGUGCAUUCCCGCCUCACUUGAUGCCGCCAAACCCACAUCAGCUGGCGCAAGAGUACAUGGCUAAUGCGGCAGCCAGUCAGCAGCAUUUGAACAUCAUGCAGCAGAAGCAACAGCAGGUGCAGGCACAGCAAGCCGCUUCGGGCAGUCGGCCGUUGAAGUCCACUGACUCUCGAAGUUCACCCGGCUUUGUUUCUCCAGCACCACCACCACAUCUGGUGCCUCCCCCUACGGAGUUGCAACAACAGCAGGCGGCUUUUGCAGCAGCCGGUCUUCCAUCUCACCAUCGACCGCCAGUUACUUCAGCUACUGGCCAGCCUCCGGUGCUCCCGCCUCGAAGUGGCUUUACUGGCUUGUCACCUGAAUUGCUCGCACAGCAGCGGAUUUAUGCGAGCAUCUGCUCACAACUACCACAGGAACUGCGCCAAAAUGGCCCUAGUGCACUCUCUCGACACCCACUGCAGCCCAUUUCACGAGAAGUGUACUAUCCUUUCGGCCCCAGUCAGGAGCAGGCCUUGGCGGAGCUGACUAAAAACCCACUCAAGUUCCAGCAGAUGCAGCUUCAACAUCAGCAUCAGCAGCAGCAACAGCAGUCUAGUUCGGGUAAAAAGGACGACGGCUACCACCGAUCAGCGCAGCCAAUUGCUGAGGAGCCGCAUAAACACCAGCCGCCUCAGCAUCACAUGGUGGAGCCAGCCUUUCACCUGGAUCCCUCUGCGAUGCCGCCUCCCAUUGGUCAGCGCAAUAUGAACUUCCCUGGUGGAAUGCACCUUCACUACCCCUUCACUGGAAUGCCUCAGCCAGAUCGAUAUGUCAGUCCUGAAGCUACCCUGAUGCAGUCACUUUAUGGUAUGGGUGGCCAAGGACCUGUUCCGGUGCACAACUUUGCCGGUGGCGCUCCCAAUCCAACUGACCUUUCCAAGCCUGGUGCAAAUCAAACAUCCACUACUCCAGAGCCGAUGAAACGCUCAACUGCACCGAAGGCUGCCCAGGCUGAAGCCGCCUAUCUCUCACAGAUGCAUCGUCAAAUGACGUCUCCAAGCGGUAUACCGACAACGUAUCGCAAGGACUUGCCCACCGUCCAAGAGCCAUCUGCCGAGUUGAUUCGAUCUCAAAUGGCCGCCAUGGCUCCCGGAGGGGGUGCACUGCCCAUGACUAUGCCAGCUCAAAUGAGCCAGCAGCAGCCGCCGCUGUCAAGGACGUCUUCCACUGUGGGCCCACCACCUCACCCACACUUGAGCAGGCCAUCAGAAUCACCAAUAGCUGAACAGACAUUGGUCAGCAGACCACCUACCGCUGACAUUGACCCGCACAUUGUUGCCGGUCUCAGUCUCGAUGCGCCAGCAAUGAAGACUCUGAGAAAUGAGCAGCAGCAAGUGCAACCAGUCCCACAAGUGCAACCACCACCAGCUAAUGUGGGCAGUGCUCCAAGCAGCUCUAAUGAAUCGAUCGUCACUAAAUAUCCCAUUCUGUGGAGUGGCCUGCUAGCACUGAAGAAUGAUAGUGUCUCUGUGCAGAUGCACUUUGUCAGCGGCAACCGCGAAAUCAGCCGCCGGGCACUGCCACAGUUUAGCGAGAUCAACAUGCAGCCGCUUCGAAUCACCCAGAGGAUGCGGCUCGACCAGGUUCAGCUGUCGGCUCUGGAGAGGAAGAUUCAAGCCAACGAGGACUUCUGCAUACUGCUAGCUUUGCCAUGUGGCCGGGACAAUAAUGACGUGCUCGUCCAGUCGAAUAACCUCAAACUAUUUUUCAUCAACUACAUGCAAAGCAAACAGGCAGCUGGCAUCGUCAACACCAACGACCAAACGUGCUCCUACAUCACGCACAUCAUUCCUAGCUGUCAAUUCUCUGACGAACACCUGGUGGGCGCUGCACCUGACCUAAUGCACUCUCUGGCAGGCAUUUCGCAGCUGAUGGUGGUCAUUACGGCCAAUCAGGGCACCGGCCCCACUCCUCCUGGCUUCUAA